UCCUUUAGGAACAAAGCCCCAGCAACCAGACGUCGAUAGCAAUGAUGCAAGAACCUCAAGAAAUGGUGGAAGAGACGGUUACUGUGGAGGAAGACCCAGGCACUCCCACCUCCCACGUGUCCAUUGUCACUUCUGAAGAUGGAACCACAAGAAGAACUGAAACCAAGGUUACCAAAAUGGUCAAAACUGUCACCACUAGAACAGUGCGUCAGGUCCCGCUCGGGCCCGACGGCCUGCCCGCCAUGGAUGGCUCCUCUCCCAUGGGCAGCUACACCGAUUCCAUAGACAGAAGGUUCAUGAAGAAUGGCGAGCGCUACAUCACCCCCCAGGCAUCAUCCACGUUAACCAGGUCUUACAACAGCUACAACGACUCCUACCCCGACAGCCACGAAGGCCAGUAUCGCCCGUACAUCGGUCACGAUGGUUAUGGAGAUCUCUCCGAUAACUACGGCAGCUUGUCCCGCGGCGUCAACUACCGUCCUCGCUACGCCUACGUGCCAGGAAACAGCUACCGGCCGGGGGAUGAUAACCGCAGCCUUGGAGUAGAUGAUGAAGGAUACGAACUAGAUCCAGACUACUCCACGGUGAACCGGAGGACGUCUGCAGGAGUGCCCGAGAGAGGAAGACCGCACAAAGGAAGGGGCUACGAUGACCCCAUCGAGACGGAGAUGGUUGAGGAGAGGAUCCCUUACCUUCACGGUGGCUACGCAGCCCCGCUGGCACAGCCCGAGAGGGGCAGCAUGGCCAGCAUCGACCGCCUGGGGAAGCGCUCCCCCUCCAUCGACAGCAUUCGGAAGGACCCUCGGUGGAGGGACCCCGACCUCCCUGAAGUAAUCGCCAUGCUCAGCCACCCCAUUGACCCGGUCAAGUCCAACGCCGCAGCCUAUCUGCAGCACUUGUGCUACGAGAAUGAUAAAAUCAAAAAGGACGUGAGGCACCUUAAAGGGAUCCCUAUCUUGGUGGGCCUACUAGAUCAUCCAAAACCAGAGGUCCACCGCAAAGCCUGUGGGGCGCUCAGAAACAUCUCGUAUGGGAAGGAUAAUGAAAACAAAGUGGCUAUAAAGAACUGCGAUGGCAUCCCAGCUUUGAUCAGACUGUUGCGGAAAACAAAUGACAUGGAAGUCAGAGAGCUAAUUACAGGCACCCUAUGGAACCUGUCCUCCUAUGAGCCCCUGAAGAUGGUCAUCAUCAACCACGGCCUGCAGACACUCACCAACGAGGUGAUCAUCCCGCAUUCGGGCUGGGAGAGCGAGCCCAACGAGGACUCGAAGCCUCGCGACGCCGAGUGGACGACCGUCUUCAAGAACACGUCUGGCUGCCUACGGAAUGUAAGUUCAGAUGGAGCAGAAGCACGCAGAAGACUAAGAGAGUGCGAUGGCCUGGUGGAUGCCCUUCUUCAUGCUCUACAGUCUGCAGUCGGCAAGAAGGAUACAGACAAUAAGUCAGUGGAGAACUGCGUGUGCAUCAUGCGGAACCUUUCCUAUCACGUCCACAAAGAAGUGCCCGGAGCCGAUAAGUACCAAGAACUGGAUGCUGGUCAGACUAUGAGCACAGGAGGCUCUCAGAAAAAGAAGAAAGAUGAUGCUGGCUGUUUUGGAGGGAAAAAAGCUAAAGAGGAGUGGUUCAAUCAAGGAAAGAAGAAUGGAGAUUUGGACAGGAAUUUUGAUACACUUGAUUUGCCAAAGAGGUCUGAAACAGCAAAAG